GGUUCUUUCCCCUUCUGGCCACGCCCCACUGAGCACACCUGUGGCGCACCGCGGCCGCACCUGUAUGGAGCUGUGCGAACUGCUCGGUAAAAUAUCACCCUCCAUUGCCUUUCCUGCGCAGAAAAUCGACACCCGCCGUGUCUCCUUCACCUGAAAUGCUGGAGCUCCUGGCUUACCUUCAAGACCCGGAGCUCGUGGCCCGGUUCCAGAGGCGAUGCGGACUCUUCCUCGUCGAAGCCGCGCAUCACAGCCGAGGGAAGACGAGCUCUCCGGCGGGAACCCCGGUCCACGCCGACAAAUCACGUGAACAGCUGAGGGGAAGAUGGGACCACCAGGAUAACAAUUCAAACUAUAAACACAAGGAGAACGGAUAUGCAGCUGGUGCCUGCAGCACGCCUCAGUAUGAGGUAAGAAACUGGCUGCUGCACCUCCUCUUCCUGUUGUCGGCAGGCCUGGGCCACGAGAUCUUCUACAUCACCUGUCUGCCCUGCAUACACUGGAGCCUGGACCCGUUCCUGUGUCGACGCCUGGUCAACAUGUGGGCUCUGGUGAUGUACGUCGGCCAGGUGAUGAAAGACCUGCUGAAGCUGCCUCGCCCCCCCUCGCCUCCUGUGGUCAAGCUGGAGACACGUGUCGAUGCAGAGUACGGACUGCCCUCCACCCACGCCAUGGCUGCAACUGCCAUCUCCUUCACGCUUUUACUAAGCGCUCCCGCCAGGAUACAGUUCCAGUUUGAGGUGGGUCUGCUGAUCGCAGUGACGCUGUCGUCCUUGGUGUGUCUGAGCCGCCUCUACACUGGCAUGCACUCAGUUUUGGAUGUGAUCUGUGGCAUUUUAAUCUCAGCCAUCCUCAUGUUUGCCACCUACCCAUAUUGGGAAACCUUCGACCAUUUCCAGCUCACCAGCCACGUCUCCCCCGUGGUGGCGUUGGCGCUGCCCUUCUUCCUGUGCUACACAUACCCAGAGCUGGACUAUUACAGCACCACGCGGGGGGACACGACCACCAUUCUAGGAGCGGGGGCCGGGAGCUCCGUGGGAUACUGGGUGAAUGAGCAACUGGGGCAGACGUUUGAGCCCCAGGGGGUAUUACCUGUACCCCUGCCCACACUGACAGCAAACGUGCUGGCGCUAGGAGUCGCCCGCCUACUUGUCGGAGCGCUGGCGUUAGUGGGAACUCGGCAGGUAGUGAAAACCUUGAGCCUGCGGGUGUUGUACUCAUGGUACAGAGUGCCGAACCAUGACGACAGUGCCAGGAGGAGGAGAGAGAUUGAGGUGCCGUAUAAGUUUGUCACAUACACAGCUGUUGGACUUGUCAAUUCUAUAGUGGUCAGUAGAGUCUUUGUUGUACUGGGGCUGCUAUGAACUGUUAAAGUAAAAAAUGAUGUAAAAUGAUCUGAACAAAAUUGGACCUCAUAUUUAUUUCAAUGUGCAUCAAAUUACCUUUUUUUCUUUUAUACAUGUUAACUGUCUUAAACAAGGAGCUUCCGCUGGGAAUGAUUAACAAGAGCAUACUUGUAACUGACCGGAAAGCAGUAAAGCUCACCUUGCAAUAAAGUUUUUAUGAUUGAA